UCGCGGGAAAGUUUCUUCGUAGCAGAAAGACAGAGAACAGAAAUAAUUUCUGAAUAAUUGGUAUUGUCGAAGGUAUCAAGCAAUAAUGCCUGGUGCAACUCUUCCGCAGCCAUCGUUGAAUGCAGACAUCAAGCAAAAAUUGUCUGAGUUGGAUGAUGAGUUGAAGGAUGGCGAUAUCACCGAAAAGGGUUAUUGGAAGAAGAAAUGUCGACUACUUGAUGACAGUAUUCCUGACAAGACUAGAGGAGAAGUGCUGUCUGUGGAGAACGACUUGAAGGAGGACAUAAUUACAGAGAAAGGAUAUUAUAAGAAGCUGCAGAAGAUUUUUGACUUGUACCUAAAACUAAGCGGGGGAUUACAGGACCAAGAAGUAGCUAAGAAAGAGGAAAUAGGUUCAGCGGAAAAUGGAAAGAAACCAAAUGGAAACCAUGAGGACAAUGAUACAGCUUCUAACGGACAUUCCAAUGGAACUAAAGACCACACAGAGAACGGUACCAACAAUGGCACAGUAACUAACGGAACCACCAACGGAUCAAAUGGCAUGUCUGAGGAGGGAAGUGAUCCCGAGUUAAAAGAGGAGUUAAUGGAGAUCAAGGAAAUUAGCAAAAAUGAAGGCGAAGAAAAAGAUGAAGAAGGAAAUGAUGUGGAGGUGAAAUCACCUCGAGGAACUAGCGGUAAGAAAGGCAGAGGUCGACCAAGCAGGAAUUCCAAUGGAGCUGCACAACCAUCCAUCAUGUCUAUGUUCAACAAAAUGCCAGCAAAGAGGAAGUCCACUGCUGAGGAGGAGGAGGACCAGAGAGUGAAACGUGAAGAGGAGAAGGAGUCAAAGAAAGCCAAAACAGAGGAUGGAGAGAACAACGAAGAUAAGAUGGACACAGAUAAUCAGGAUACAAGGGACCUGCAGGACGAGGUGAAAGUUGAAGCGAGCCCUGCCCCCAAACUACCACCUGCUAAAUGUCGUGAAUGUAAACAACUGUUGGACGACCAAGAUCUGUUGAUGUUUCCCGGUGAUCCCGACGAUGCAGUGGAAGAGUUUAUAGCAUUGACAAACCCAAAGUUGUCUGUGUUUACGGGGGAUGAGGAGAAUAUCAACAGUUACGAUGAACGGCCACAGCAUAAAAUCACUAACUUUAGUGUGUACGACAAAAAUACCCAUCUCUGUCCAUUUGACACGGGGCUGAUAGAGAAGAAUGUUAUGCUCUACUUUAGUGGAUCUCUGAAACCAAUCUUUGAUGAGAACUCCAGUGCUGAGGGUGGUGUGCCUUGUAGAAACAUGGGCCCGAUCAACGAGUGGUGGACGGCAGGCUUUGAUGGUGGAGAGAAUGCACUCAUUGGGUUUAGUACAGCCUACGCCGAGUACAUCCUGAUGGGCGCCAGUGAAGCAUACAAACCGUUCAUGGCCACCAUGAGAGAGAAGAUUCACAUUGGCAAGGUGCUCAUUGAGUUUCUACAACGCCACCAGGACGCUACAUAUGAGGAUCUUCUCAACAAAAUAGAGACGACAGUUCCCCCAACUGGUUUGUUGAGUCUGACGGAGGACUCUCUGCUGCGACACGCCCAGUUUGUUGUAGACCAGGUCCAGAGCUACGAUGAGGCUGCUGAUGGGGAUGAAGGCCUACUUAUUACCACUCCCUGUAUGAGGGGACUCAUCAAGCUGGCCGGAGUCACCCUGGGUAAACGAAGUGCCAGCAGUCAGACUGUGGGAAGUGUCCUGCCUGUCAGGACAUGGUCAAAUUUGGUGGUACCGGGAAGUCCAAACAGGCCUGCUUGGAACGAAGAUGUCCAAACAUGGCCGUUAAAGAUGCAGAAGAUGAUGACUUGGGAGAGGAAGAUGAUGAUGAUAAUAAACUCAAAACGGAGGAAGUGAUGACACCAGAUAAAAAGCACAGACUGUCAGUCAAUACCAAGACAAAACUGAAGUGGAUUGGUGAGCCAAUCAAGAAAGAUGGGAAGAACUACUUCAGGCGUGUCAGCAUUAACGGUCAAGAGGUCACCAUUGACGACUACAUCUCCGUGAAGCCAGAGAGUCAUUCUAUGGCUGUCUACUUGGCUCGGGUUGCGUACCUAUGGGAGGAUGCCCACGGCAACAAGAUGUUCCACGCCCACUGGUUCUGUCGAGGUGCAGACACAGUGUUGGGGGAGACUUCCGAUCCCCGGGAACUGUUCCUGAUGGACGACUGUGAGGACUGUAGACUGGAAACUGCCAUUGGGCUAGUCAAGGUUAUUCAUAAAGAAACUCCUGCCAACUGGGCAAUGCUGGGAGGAAUAGAACAUGCUGAUGAAGAUAUUGUCGGGGAGGAUGAAAAUACUUAUUUCUAUCAGAAAUGGUAUGACUUGGACCUGGCCCGAUUUGAGGACCCACCUGUAUGUGACUUCCAACCUGCAGAUCAUCUAAAGCACAAGUUCUGCACAAGCUGCCACAGACUGGAUCAGCUGAGAAAGAGAGAGAACCCUGCCCUAGGUGAGGAGAUAAGUGUAGAUGAUGGAACAUCUAGCCGGGUUUACUACAACUCUGUCAAGCGAGAUGGUUUGGAGUUCAAAAUCGGGGACUGUUGUUACAUAGAACCUAAUGGCUUCAACUUCAAUGUAAAACCUGCUGUACCCAAAAAACCAAAACAGGAAAAAGCUGAUUUAGACGAAGACCUGUACCCAGAGGCCUACAGGAAGACUGAGUACAUCAAGGGCUCCAAUGACAAACUGCCCAGCCCAUUCAGGAUCGCCAGAGUACUCCAGAUCUUCUGUAAGAAGUCUCUCACCUCCAAGAUUUCGGACUUGACAGAUAUCAGAUUAAAGGUUGCCAAGUUCUACAGGCCAGAAGACACUCACAAGGGAGUGACGGCAGGAUACCAUACAGACAUGAACAUGCUUUACUGGUCUGAAGAAGAAGCCUUUGUGGAGUUUCAGCUGAUCAGGGGCAAGUGUGAGGUGGUCUUCAGCGAGAAUAUCAGGGAUCUUGAUGACUACUUCUCUAAAGCACCCGACAGGUUCUAUUUCACAGAGAUGUAUGACAGUGAAAACAAGAUGUUUGAGGAGCCCCCUAGUAAAGCAACUCAGCGUGGCUCCAAGGGAAAGGGGAAAGGCAAGGGUAAAGGUAAAGGGAAGAGUUCAGCAGUGGUAGCUGACACUACAGAGGAGAAACAAGUGGACUUUCAGAGGCUUCGCUGCCUGGAUGUAUUCGCUGGAUGUGGAGGCUUGUCUGAGGGUUUCCAUCAGGCCGGUAUGUCAGAGAGUCGCUGGGCCAUAGAGAAGGAGGAGCCUGCUGCUCAGGCAUUCAGGCUCAACAACCCUGGAUGUGAAGUGUUCACAGACGACUGUAACAUGCUGCUAAGGCUGGUCAUAGAUGGGGAGACAACCAAUGACCGAGGCCAGAAGUUACCACAGAAGGGAGAUGUAGAACUACUGUGUGGUGGGCCUCCAUGCCAGGGAUUCAGUGGUAUGAACAGGUUCAACAGCCGCGACUACUCAAAAUUUAAGAACUCGCUGAUUGCCUCCUACUUGUCUUAUUGUGACUACUACCGACCCCGCUACUUCUUGUUGGAGAAUGUGAGGAAUUUUGUGUCUUACAAGCGUAGCAUGGUGCUGAAGCUGGCACUGCGUUGCUUGACUCGGAUGGGCUACCAGUGUACAUUUGGAGUCUUACAAGCCGGUAGCUAUGGAGUGGCCCAGACCCGCAGAAGGGCAAUCAUUCUGGCAGCAGCCCCUGGACACAAGUUACCUUUCUACCCAGAACCCUUACAUGUGUUUGCUCCACGGGCCAUGCAGUUGUCUGUACAAGUCGAUGAGAGAAAGUUUAACUCUAACAUUACGAGGAUGGAGUCUGCACCUUUCCGGACAAUCACUGUUCGGGACUCAAUGUCAGAUCUACCGGAGAUCCGCAAUGGAGCAAAGGGGGAGGAAAUCUCCUACCAAGGGGAUGCCCAAUCACAUUUCCAGAAACAGAUUCGAGGGAAGCAGCACCAGCCUAUCCUGAGGGACCACAUUUGUAAAGAGAUGUCAGCCCUUGUCCACACCCGUAUGCAGCACAUCCCCCUGGCCCCAGGUUCAGACUGGCGCUCACUCCCUAACCUGGAAAUCAGGCUCUCCGAUGGCACCAAGACUAAAAAACUACGGUAUAUCCAUCAUGACAAGCAGAAGGGAAAGAGCAGUAAGGGCAAUCUGAGGGGUGUGUGUUCAUGUGCUGAGGGGAAAGCCUGUGAGACAAUGGACCGCCAAUUCAACACUGUAAUCCCCUGGUGUCUCCCCCACACUGGUAACCGCCACAACAACUGGUCCGGGCUGUACGGACGGCUGGAGUGGGACGGAUUCUUUUCCACCACUGUCACCAAUCCUGAACCCAUGGGCAAACAGGGUCGUGUGUUACACCCGGAGCAGCACCGAGUGGUCAGUGUGAGGGAGUGUGCCCGGUCCCAGGGAUUCCCAGAUACCUACCGCUUCUUUGGUAACAUCCUUGACCGUCACAGACAGGUUGGUAAUGCAGUACCACCUCCUAUGGCUAAGGCCAUUGGUUUGGAAAUCAGGAAAUGUUUGGAAUGGAAUGCACAGCACAAGGUAGAAACUGAAAAAGUCAAGGGAGAGGUUACCAAAGACGUAGAAAUGACUGAAGGCAAGGAAGAAAUCGGUGACAUAAAACCUAAACUGGAGAAAAUGUCUCCAUGCAAACCCGGUUCAUCAUCAUAGCAGUCAUGUUGUAUAGUUAUAUUGAGACAGUGAUUCACUAGAAACAAAUAUGGACUGAUUGAAGUAAUUGCUUAUUAUGUCAUCAGUCCUGAGGUAUCACCACCUACCCUGA